AUGGAAAUUUAUGCCGGAAAACAACCUGAUGGUCCAUUUAGUAUUGAUAACAGUCCGAAAAAUGUUGUUCAUCGUUUGAUACAACCUAUUAGGAAUACAGGAAGAAACGUGACAAUCGAUAACUGGUUUACUAGUGUUCCGCUCGCAGAUGAAUUACUGAAUCAAAAACUCACCUUACUUGGUACCCUUAGGAAAAAUAAAACUCAAAUACCACAGGAAUUUAAAAUCACGAAAAAUCGCCCUGUAUUUAGUUCUUAUUUUGGAUUUAGUGAAAAAAAAGUUCUAGUUUCAUACAAACCUAAAAAUAACAAAAUAGUAUUACUAUUAUCCACAAUGCACAAUGAUAAUUCAAUCGACAGUAGUACAGGAGCGGCAAAAAAACCAAACAUGAUAACGAUGUAUAAUGCAAUGAAAGGCUCUGUGGAUACAAUGGAUAAGAAAACCGAUAAUUACACUGUUGCACGGCGGUGA